AUGGUAGGCAUUAUACCAUCAUCUUCAUCAUUUUCUUCCCUCAUUAACAUGCUCAUGGGUUCUUACUCUUUGGUUUGUGGUCAGGGGUCCUUGGGAGCAGUAAUUUCAUUAGGACCUUGGGGAGGUCCUGGUGGCGACAAUUGGAGUUUCAAGGCAAGCCGAGGGAUAACACAGAUAAUCGUCCAUGAAGAUGUUGUUAUAAAAUCAAUUUUCAAAGACGCCAAUGGUUAUGUUUCUGGAAAAUUCGGCAGUGCUGGGGGUCAAGAGAGGAAGACUGAAAUUCGUUGGCCUUCAGAGUAUUUGAAAUCCAUAAGCGGGACCUAUGGAAAUCACACUGGAAAUCUAGUAAUUAGGUCCCUAUCGUUGAUCACAAAUCUCACCACUUAUGGACCUUUUGGAACAACUGCUGGUGGCGAGCCUUUCUCUAUCCCAAUAGCAGAUAGUGUCAUUGUUGGGUUCCAUGGGAGAGCUGGUUUUUUCCUGGAUGCAAUUGGCAUUUUUGUGCAACCCGUACAAGCGGAUGCAUCUGGAAGCAUUUCAUUUGGGCCUUGGGGUGGCUCAGGUGGAAAAGCAUUUGAUUUUAGAGUGGGAAGUUGGAUAAAAGAGAUCAUUGUUGAUGCACCAAAAACCAAUAUCAAGUCCAUCGCUUUUACGGACGCCAAUGGGCACAAGUAUGGAAAAUUUGGUGGCAAGGAUACAGAUGGAACUAGCGAUGAAAAAAAAAUUGAGAUUAACGGACUUUCAGAGUAUCUGACAUCAAUAAGCGGGACAUAUGGAAAUUACGUUGGACUCAAUGUGAUCACAUCAUUAUCAUUCACAACCAAUCUAACCACCCACGGACCUUUUGGGGCCACCACUGGGACUUCUUUCUCCUUACCAAUACAAGGUUCUCUUGUGAAUGGAUUCCAUGGAAGAGCAGGCGAUUUCCUUGAUGCAAUUGGCAUCCAUGCCAAACCAUGGGAUGACAUAGAAGAAAGCAUUUCAAUAGGUCCAUGGGGAGGCUCAGGUGGGAGUCCUUGGAGUUAUGCAACAAAUGAAGGCAUAAACCAGAUAGUCAUCAAUGUAGGGUCAAACAUCAAGUCCAUAUCAUUCCAAGACACAACUGGUAUUGCCUCUGCAACAUUUGGCGGCAACAAUCCCAAUGAUCUUGGUGAAAGGAAAACUGUUCAAAUUAACUGGCCUUCUGAGCACCUGAUAUCCAUAAGUGGGACUUAUGGAGCAUUUGCAAGGCUGCAAACGAUCACGUCGCUGUCAUUCACUACAAAUCUAGCCACAUAUGGUCCUUUUGGAAGCAGUUCAGGCACUUCUUUCUCCAUCCCUAUAAGCAAUAAUACGAUCGUUGGAUUUCAUGGAAAGGCUGGUGACUACCUUGAUGCCAUCGGCAUCUUCGUCAAACCUGAAAAUUCCAUCGGGUCCUUGGGAGCAGUAAUUUCAUUAAGACCUUGGGGAGGUCCUGGUGGCGACAAUUGGAGUUUCAAGGCAAGCCGAGGGAUAACACAGAUAAUCGUCCAUGAAGAUGUUGUUAUAAAAUCCAUUUUUUUCAAAGACGCCAAUGGUUAUGUUUCUGGAAAAUUCGGCACUGAUGGGGGUCAAGAGAGGAAGACUGAAAUUCGUUGGCCUUCAGAGUAUUUGAAAUCCAUAAGCGGGACCUAUGGAAAUCACACUGGAAAUAUAGUAAUUAGGUCCCUAUCGUUGAUCACAAAUAUCACCACUUAUGGACCUUUUGGAACAACAGCUGGCGGCGACCCUUUCUCUAUCCCCAUAGCAGAUAGUGUCAUUGUUGGGUUCCAUGGGAGAGCUGGUUUUUUCCUGGAUGCAAUUGGCAUUUUUGUGCAACCGGUACAAGCGGAUGCAUCUGGAAGCAUUUCAUUUGGGCCUUGGGGUGGCUCAGGUGGAAAAGCAUUUGAUUUUAGAGUGGGAAGUUGGAUAAAAGAGAUCAUUGUUGAUGCACCAAAAACCAAUAUCAAGUCCAUCGCUUUUACGGACGCCAAUGGGCACAAGUAUGGAAAAUUUGGUGGCAAGGAUUCAGAUGGCACUAGUGAUGAAAAAAAAAUUGAGAUUAACGGACCUUCAGAAUAUCUGACAUCAAUAAGCGGGACAUAUGGAGAUUACGUUGGAUUCAAUGUGAUCACAUCAUUAUCAUUCAUAACCAAUCUAACCACACAUGGACCUUUUGGGGCCUCCACUGGGAGUUCUUUCUCCUUACCAAUACAAGGUUCUCUUGUGAAUGGAUUCUAUGGAAGAGCAGGCGAUUUCCUUGAUGCAAUUGGCAUCCAUGCCAAACCGUGGGAUGACAUAGAAGAAAGCAUUUCAAUAGGCCCAUGGGGAGGCUCAGGUGGGAGUCCAUGGAGUUAUGCAACAAAUGAAGGCAUAAACCAGAUAGUCAUCAAUGUCGGGUCAAACAUCAAGUCCAUAUCAUUCCAAGACACAACUGGUAUUGCCUCUGCCACAUUUGGGGGCAACAAUCCCAAUGAUCUUGGUGAAAGGAAAACUGUUCAAGUUAACUGGCCUUCUGAGCACCUGAUAUCCAUAAGUGGGACUUAUGGGCUAUUUGCAAAUAUGCAAACGAUCACGUCGCUGUCAUUCACUACAAAUCUAGCCACACAUGGACCUUUCGGAGACAGUUCAGGCACUUCUUUCUCCAUCCCUAUAAGCAAUAAUACGAUAGUUGGGUUCCAUGGAAUGGCUGGUGACUACCUUGAUGCCAUCGGCAUCUUUGUCAAACCUGAAAAUGCCAUCUAA